CUUGCUUUGCAAGUGGUUCUAUUUUGUAUAAAAAUAAAUAAUUUUAAUAUCAAUUAAAAUGGAUAAGAAAGCGAUAUUCAAGCUAUGCAAAGAUCAGGGAUGCUGCGAUGCUUGCGCUGUGCGUUUUUUAGGCGUAAAACAUCCAAACGCUUACGAAAACCUCAAGAAACAUAUUAUUCAGUACCAGGACACAACCAGUGAACCCACCACAGCGACUGACAGUACAACCCCAGUUGAACAUUCACAAACAUUGGACACUGUUCAACAACCUUCAGAAAAUGGUCACAGCGAAGAGAACAACAGUGAAGAUGGUCCGCUGCGGAAGAGACGGAGGACUGAGGCCUGUGUGUGCUGCCUCGGAGUGCUGGAGGAGGAGACGUGGCCGGAGUGUGACGAGAUGGUUAAGGAAGUCUUGGAUAAGAAGGGCUACGACUGCCAAACAUUCGCAUGUGCACUGUCGUCACCUAUCUCUAUAUUGUUGAGGGAAAAAGUUAUCACGCUGAAGAUUCAAGACGCUAUCCCCGACUAUGAUCCCACUGCGCUGACGCCGCUGAAGGAGGCGUGGAAGUGGCUGUACGGGCCGCGGCUGGCGCGCGUCGCGGGGAAGGCCCAGGACUCCGGCGCCGUGUGCCCGCUGCUCGUCACCGUCACCAUGGAGUACCACAACGAGGCGGCCGAGCUGGAACUCCUAAAACUGAUAUCACCGCAACUGUUCGAGUCGCGAAGCAGGCAGAAGCGUCGCUUCGCAGUAGAGUUCACGCGGCGCUCGGCGGAGCAAGCGCUGGCAGCGAGCGCGGACGACGUCAGGCGCGCCGCGACGCUGCUGCCGCCCGCCGCGCGCGCGCGCUGCGUCAGUGUGGCGUGUUGCAGGGAUCCUAUCUACAUUGGAGGCAGAUACGUGAAGCUGUCUCGGGAGUUGCCGCAGACGCCGUGGCUGGUUGGCGGCAAGCGGAUGAUGGAGUCUUCAGUGCAAGAGGUUAUAUUCAAUCCGCUCGCCGAGAUAUUGGGUAUCCCGCCUUCCCAGAGCGAACACCGCCUGAAGCUGAUGUCGGCGGGCCGCGAGGACGUCGACGUCCGCUGUCUGGGGGACGGGCGACCCUUCGCCGUAGAGGUGGCGGACCCCCGCCACGCCCCGACGCCGGAGCAGCUGCGCGCGGUGUGCGCCGCCGUGGCCGCCAGCGGGGCCGUGCGCGUGCGCAGCCUGUGCGUGGUCUCCAAGGAGGAACUAGCGGAGUUGAAACAGGGCGAGGAGAGCAAAUGCAAGACUUACGAAGCUUUGUGUAUAAAGUUGUCGCAUUCCAAGUUCGAGACCGAGAAAACCCCUUCAGACCCCGUGACGGUAACGCCGGAAGACUUGCAGCGUAUCAACACAUUCCGCAACACGGCGGAGUCGCACGGCGCCGUGGUGGCCGUGACCCAGCGGACGCCCAUCCGUGUGUUGCACCGGCGGCCGCUGCUCAGUCGGCAGCGGGAAAUUUUGAAAGUUCAAGCUGAUGCCGUCACAGGUCACCCGCAACUCUUCACCCUUCACGUUCAAACAUCGGCUGGUACUUACGUCAAGGAGUGGGUCCACGGGGAGCUGGGGCGGACAGCGCCCUCUCUCGGCGACGCUAUCAAAGCUAAAGUCGAUAUUCUGGCAUUAGAUGUCGCUGCUGUUCACUUGGACUGGCCGAAGAAGAGAUAGUUUUAGGAAUAAAUUAUAAUUUUAAGACUAA